GGGCCCUGCGCCGCUUGCGCCCUGCGCUUUGGCGCCCGCUGCAGCCCUGCGCCCCUCGCCCCGCGGGGCAUAGCCGACCAACAUGGGCCAGGAAAAGGAGCUGCUGAGGAUUGCCAAAAAGCUGGAGAAGAUGGUGGCCAGGAAGAAGACGGGGCCUGUGCCUCAGUACUCUCCUGGCCUCCCACAGGAAGGGGCCCUCAACCUUCUGAAGAAGCUGAACAGCUGCCAGAUGUCCAUCCAGCUGCUGCAGACCACCAGAAUUGGCGUAGCUGUCAAUGGAGUUCGAAAGCACUGCUCAGACAAGGAGGUGGUAUCCUUGGCCAAAGUCCUCAUCAAGAACUGGAAACGGCUGCUGGACUCCCCUGGAAACCCUAAAGGAGAAAAAGGAGAAGAAAGAGAAAAAGCAAAGAAGAAGGAAAAAGCGUCUGACUGUCCAGAUUGGAAGCCAGAAGUAGGCCUUCCUCCACCAAGGAAGAAAGGAGGGGCAGACCACAAAAGCAGGAAAGACUCUGUGGAUUCCAAGACUUCUUCUACCUCCUCUCCAAGAAGGCCAUCGAUGGAAAGAUCCAACAAAUCGAAAGCAGAGGCCCCCAGGACCCCCAGCAGCCCCUUGACUCCCACGUUCGCCCCCUCCGUCUGCCUCCUGGCCCCUUGCUAUCUUACAGGGGACUCCGUCCGGGAUAAGUGUGUGGAGAUGCUGUCAGCAGCCCUGAAGGCGGAAGAUGAUUUCAAGGACUAUGGAGUUAACUGUGACAAGUUGGCAUCAGAAAUCGAAGAUCAUAUCUAUCAAGAGCUCAAAAGCACAGACAUGAAAUACCGGAACCGAGUGCGCAGCCGCAUCAGCAACCUGAAGGACCCCAGGAACCCAGGCCUGAGGAGGAAUGUGCUCAGUGGGGCCAUUUCCCCUGGGCUCAUUGCCAAGAUGACGGCAGAGGAUAUGGCCAGUGAUGAGCUGAGGGAGUUGAGGAACGCCAUGACCCAGGAGGCCAUCCGUGAGCACCAGAUGGCCAAGACUGGAGGAACCACCACUGACCUCCUACGGUGUGGCAAGUGCAAGAAGAAGAACUGCACCUAUAACCAGGUGCAGACACGCAGUGCUGAUGAGCCCAUGACCACCUUUGUCUUAUGCAAUGAAUGUGGGAAUCGCUGGAAGUUCUGCUGACCGAACCACCCGCCAGGAUAGCAGUGAACAAGGUGAGGAAGAAGAAAGAGGCCCACAAACCAUGUGACCCAGAGCAAAAAUAAAAAUUCAAAUGAAGGAAAACGCUGAGCUCUGGAUGAGG